UCCAUCAUGCAUAUUUCAUAUGAUCAAAUAAAUAAAGUGAUGAAUUAAAGUGCAGUUAAAUUCAGGUGAAUGUAAAGUAUUCCACAGGUAGUGUAACUCCACAGCUUGUGCUUCUGGAGUUAUUUAUUUGUUUUUUUUGUUUGUUUUCAUUUAUUCGGUCACUUAUGGUCUACUUGAUGAUUCAUGGAUUACUCGAGUGCAGUCAACGCGUCCAACUGGAUCUGCGCCUCGUGCAUACACGCCAGCGGCAGUCACGCGCACCCGGAGCGGGAUCUGAGUCCCGCCGGUCACGUGGUGGUCGCCGUGUGUCUCGGCUUCAUCGGCGCGUUCGGUUUCGUGAACAACGCGAUUGUGCUGCUGCUGUUCUGUCGUCACAAGCCGCUGCGCUCGCCGAUCAACUGCAUGCUCGUGAGCAUCUCGGUGAGCGACCUGCUCGUGUGCGUUCUCGGAACCCCGUUCAGCUUCGCCGCGAGCACGCGUGGACGGUGGCUGAUCGGUGCGCGCGGCUGCGUGUGGUACGGCUUCAUCAACUCCUUCCUCGGUAUCGUGUCUCUGAUCUCGUUGGCUGCUCUGUCAUAUGAACGUUACUGCACCAUGAUGGGGGCCACGCAGGUCGACAUCACCAGCUACAGGAAGGUCUUCAUGGGCAUCACUUUCUCCUGGAUCUACUCGUUGGUGUGGGUGGUGCCUCCGCUGUUCGGGUGGAGCCGCUAUGUCCCAGAGGGUCCCGGUACGACCUGCAGCGUCAACUGGACUGCUAAAACAGCAAACAACGUGUCCUAUAUAGUCUGUCUUUUCUUUUUCUGCCUCAUUCUUCCGUUUGUGGUGAUUGUGUACAGCUACGGAAAACUGCUGCAGGCCAUCAAGCAGGUGACGAGGAUCAACACGGUGCUGAGUCGUAAGCGUGAACGGCGGGUUCUCCUUCUGGUGGUCACCAUGGUGGUGUGUUAUCUGUUGUGCUGGCUGCCGUACGGUAUCAUGGCCCUUGUGGUGACGUUCGGAGAACCCGGACUGGUCACGCCCGAGGCCAGCAUCGUGCCGUCUCUGUUAGCCAAAAUGAGCACCGUGAUCAACCCCAUCAUCUACAUCUUCAUGAACAAGCAGUUCUACAGAUGCUUCAGAGAUCUGCUCAUGUGCAGGUCUCCAGAUCGAGGAUCCCACUACAAAACCUCCUCUAAGGUCACAAAGUCACUCGGGAUCUUUAGAUGCGCUGACGCUCCUGAUGCGGCUCCGUGCCGAGACGCCGGGCCCAAUCCGGAGGACUGCAAGCUGAAGAGCGGCUCGGAGCCUGAGACCUGUUCUCCUGCAGCUCCCGUGAAGCCUGCCGUCUCUCUGGUGAUCUACUACAACGGAUAAGGAGAUGGACAGAGCACCGGGUCUCGACUCCAUGCUGCUGCUGCUGCUGCAUACAGGAGAAAAAAAACAAUAAAACCAGUUAAUGUUCAUGUGUCGCACUUUUUAAAGCUUCUCAGUUGGAGUGGAUCUUUAUUAUCCAGAGAAGAGUGACACGAGCUUAAACACACAGCAGCUUGGAAAUUUUAUAACCUUCAUUUAGU